AUGAUUAUGAAGCCAGUGGAGGAUAUAUAUCCGAAGUGGGAUAAUUCAAACAUCUCUACUGAUCUGGACAACAUGAUAAAAGAUAUCCUCAAUGGACAGCUAAAUGAGAAGUUUUGGGAUGCAACGCCAACUACCAAAUGCGAGAAGGGAAAAUAUGGUGUUGCCGCAUCUGUUGUUCCAAACCAGAGCCCUUCUACUAACCGGAGAAAAGACAAACAACCUGUUGGUGGAGGUGAAGCACCUGAUUUGCUUCCAACUUACAACGUUUCCAUACAUGGGUUAGUUGAGUUGAUCAAAAUCCUCACUUCCAAAAUAGAAGGCAUCGAUAUUAGUGUAGCUGAGUCAUUAGAGGCUACUAUUAACGCUAAGGUGGAAGCUAGAAUGCGAGUAUAUGAUUCUGACUUACGAAAGCAGAUUGCAAAAUUGGAGGCACUAAUAAAAGAUAUUUUGAACAACAAGGAUGCAAACAUUGCUCAAGGAAAUGUCGCCACCUCCAAGGCAUAA